AUGAGUAUGCUUGAGGGGAGUCCGAAUCAGUUUGGGGGGUUUGUGGUUAAUCCGGGGGCGCUGCCGGAGGAUGCGGGGCGGUUCAGGCGGCGGCUGGCAGAUGCGAUGGAUGACUGGGCGGAUGUGGGUUAUAAGGUGGCGUGGCUGGAGGUGCCGCUUGCGAGCGCCGGGCUUGUGCCUGCGGCUGCUGAGGCGGGGUUUCGGUAUCAUCACGCGGAUGAGGAUUAUGUGAUGAUGACGCUGCAGAUCGAGGAGGGGGCGUAUAUUCCGCCGCACGCGACGCAUUAUAUCGGAGCGGGUGGCGUGGUGAUCAGCGAGGACCGGCAGUUGCUGGUGGUGUCGGAGCGGCAUCAGAUUCGGCCUCGGAGCGGGCCUUCGUACAAGCUGCCGGGUGGCGCGCUGACGCAGGGGGAGCAUCUGGCGGACGGCGUGGUGCGCGAGGUGCUGGAGGAGACGGGCGUGCGGACUCGGUUCGAGGCGGUGGUGUGCUUGCGGCACUGGCACGGGUACCGGUAUGGGAAGUCGGACAUCUACUUUGUGUGCAGGCUGUCGCCUCUGAGUCGUGAGAUUACGAUGCAGGAGGAGGAGCUGGAGGCGGCGCUGUGGAUGCCGGUGGACGAGUACCUGGGCGCGGAUACGGUGCAUAAUUUCAAUAAGACUAUCGUGUCGGCUGCGCUGAACUCUGAGGGGGUUAAGCCGGGGUUCAUCGAGGGGUAUGGGGACCGGCAUCAGUUUGAGUUCUUCUUGCCGACGGGACUUGCGCCGCAGGGUGUGGAGUAUGAGGAGACGCCGUGA